AUGGAGAACUGGUUUUCUGUGACGGAGAUUCCUGGAGCUCAUACUCUGGAUGUGCGCAGACUUUUAAGGCAACCAUGGCCAAUCGAGGUAGAGAAGAGUUCGCGGAGAGUCGCCACAGUUUCCUGCUUCAACAGUGCUUGGACGGAACCCGACGCUCGUCCCCCGCUCCGGCCGGCCGCCCAGCACCAGCCCUCGCCACCACCUCACGGCGCCCUCCGACCGCCCCAAGGUCCCCGCUGCCGCCUCUCCUCGGCCGCCGCCAUGACGACCGUGUCCCACUCGCAGGGGCGCCAGCACUACCACCAGCACUCGGAGGCCGCCGUCAACCACCAGAUCAACCUGGAGCUAUAUGCCUCCUACGUCUACCUGUCCGUGUUGUAUUAUUUUGACCGCAGUGAUGUGGCUUUGAAGAACUCUGCCAAAUACUUUCUUCAUCAAUCUCGUGAGGAGAGGGAACAUGCUGAGAAACUGAUGAAUCAGCUGCAUAACCAACAGGGUGGCCGAAUCUUCCUUCAGGAUAUCAAGAAACCAGACCGUGAUGACUGGGAGAAUGGGCUGAAUGCAAUGGAAUGUGCGCUACGCUUGGAAAAAAGUGUGAAUCAGUCACUACUGGAACUGCACAAACUGGUCACUGACAAAAAUGACCCCAAUUUGUGUGACUUCAUUGAGACUCGUGACCUGAAUGAGCAGGUGAAAUCCAUCAAAGAACUGGGUGACCACAUAACCAAUUUGCCCAAGAUGGGGGUCCCCGAAUCGGGCAUGACAGAGUAUCUCUUUGACAAGCACACCCUGGAAUACAGUGAUAGUGAGAGCUAAGCCUUAGGCCGGCUUCCU